UCCAUUACAGUCUGACGUCAGCUAUUGUUAACGUUGAGUCGAUCUCGCUGCAUAUGGCGGAGACGGCCGUCGAUAGAGGCGACGUCCAAGAGCAAAUAGUGACACCGUGGGAUGUCGUCGCCAGCGAGAAAGGAGUCGACUACGGCAAACUUAUCGAACAGUUUGGUAGCCAAAGAAUCGGCGGUGCCCUGUUAGAUAGGAUCGAACGCGUUACCGGGCAAAAGGUGCAUCGUUUCCUUCGUCGCAACGUCUUCUUUUCCCACAGAAAUUUGGAGCAAGUGCUCGACAACUACGAAGCGAACAAGCCGUUCUAUCUCUACACGGGCCGCGGGCCGUCAUCGGAGUCGAUGCACUUGGGCCACCUCAUCCCUUUCAUCUUCACAAAACAUCUGCAAGACGUGUUCGACGUGCCACUGGUCGUGCAGAUGACAGAUGAUGAGAAGUAUCUGUGGAAGGAUAAUCUGUCUCUAGAGGAAGUGCACCGUUUAGCCUUCGAGAAUGCCAAAGACAUCAUCGCGUGCGGAUUUGACGUGAACAAGACGUUUAUUUUCUCCGAUCUCGACUACAUGGCACAAGUACCGCAGUUCUAUCAAAACGUACUGCGAGUGAGAAAACACGUCACUUACAAUCAAGUGAAAGGCAUUUUUGGUUUCAGCGAUAGCGAUUCAACGGGAAAAAUUGCUUUUCCAGCCGUCCAAGCCGUUCCUUCAUUUAGCAACACGUUUCCACACAUUUUUGGUGACCGACCAGACAUCUUCUGUCUCAUUCCGUGUGCCAUAGAUCAGGAUCCCUACUUCAGAAUGACAAGAGACGUAGCACCAAAACUUGGCUACUUGAAGCCAGCGCUCGUUCACUCCACCUUCUUCCCUGGUUUGCAAGGUCCCAAAGGCAAGAUGAGUGCCAGUGACGCUUCAUCAUCUAUCUUCCUCACUGAUACACCCAACGAUAUCAAAACAAAAAUAAAUAAGCACGCUUAUUCUGGUGGACGUGAUACAGAAGAAGAACACAGAAAAAUUGGCGGAAACACGGAUGUUGACGUAUCCUACCAAUAUCUCACAUUCUUCAUGGACGAUGAUGACAAAUUGGCACAGAUUAAAAAGGAUUACGAGAGUGGCAAGCUGUUGACAGGACAGUUAAAGCAAAUUCUCAUUGAAGAAUUGCAAAAGCUCGUAGGUGAUCAUCAAAGCCGCCGCCAGGCCGUCACUGAUGAUCUAGUUCGUCAGUUUAUGACUCCCAGGAAACUAAAUUUUGACCCUAGCAAGUAGUUUGUCAGCUGUGUGAGCACAGCUGAUAAAAAAUUGGGUGAUCAAAUUGUUGCAAAUGCAAGAGUUGAAAUUCAAGUGAUGACAUCCGA